AUGCGCGUGUGCUUUGACACCCUCUGCUUUGGAUCGUCACAGCGAACAGCUGGUGACGAUGAGCCGAGGGCCGUAGUACAUACAGGUGGAGGAGCGCUUACCGUGGCGCCAACAGUAAACGGCGAUAGACGUGCUUUAGACGAAACGUACAGAGAAAUAGAAUUGAAUGGGAUAAUGGGGACCCCGAGCGCGAUGAAUUCAGACUCAGAGAAUUGCGUUGCGAACGCAACUAUGGCCAACGAUAUGCAGCCAUUAUUAGAGAGAAUUAGGGAGUUGGAGAUGUUGUUGAAGCAGCGCGAUCAGGAGAUGUUGGAAUUACGGUCCCAGUUGGACAAAUUACAGAGUGUUUUCCCGUAUCAGCAGUACGCUAGAUCAAGAGGUCCAAGGAAGCAGAGAGCGCAAGGUAUCUCUGCUGAACCACAGACGAGCUCUUCGCUUCAGGACCUGACGCAUCAAACAUUCCCAGUGUACGACAAAAGCGAAACAUCUCGGGAGCUUAUUAAGGGUGCUAUUUUGGACAACGAUUUCAUGAAAAACUUGGAAAUGACGCAAAUUCGCGAAAUCGUUGACUGCAUGUAUCCAGUUGAAUAUGCGGCGGGAAGUGUUAUUAUUAAGGAAGGGGAUGUUGGCAGUAUAGUCUACGUGAUGGAAGGAAAAGCGGUCAUGGAGGACCCCUGGCUUUCUAUUAAUGAUAGGACAAUGGACCUUGUUUACGCCGCAAAUUGGGUUGGAGCUAGUAAUCUCAGCAAUUUUAAUGAAAAUGAUAACGGCUCGAACAAGUCUAAAUUCAAUUCAAUAUCAAGGAGUAAAUCGUGCCGUGAUAUAGACCGUAGUGACAAUGAUUAUGAAAGCAAAACGAUUUCGUUUGAGGACAAUGGAAACAAACGCACCCAAGAUGCUCCUGGUGAAAAUAUUUCUCAAUUGGCAAAGUAUCAACAAAACAUAGAGGAGAAAGCUCGCGCAAAUAACAAUCUUAUAGGUCAUAAUAAAUUAAAGCAUAGUUACAGUUUCAAAGAUAUGCCUAAUGGAUAUAGGCCGUCUACAUUGCGACGAGUUAAACGCAGAAACUUUACGGAGUGGGAUAUUGAAUCAUUUGGGUCUAACGAACGUCAACCACCUAUUCCACCGCAACGAAAAGAUUCGUUGAAAUAUGCACACAGACAGAGAAAGGCCGAUUCUAAAAAAUCUUUACCGUUACCGGAUCCCGGUCCAGUACCGCCAGAUCCAUCAUCUGAAUCUUAUUAUGAAUAUUAUUCAAGAGUUAGUCAACUAAAUAAUAAUACUGACAGUGAUAAGAUAAAUCAGCUAGAAAAAGACACGAAAAAAGAUCGAAAUACCAAUGAAGGCGCGAAUCAAAACGGCACAGUUCGAGGCUACAGUAAUAGUAGUGGUACAAUGUAUCAUCUAAUCAAUUCAAUGGCCACUUUAGAUUUAGCACCUAUUAAAUCGAGAUCUGGUAAAAAGAACCCCGACAUAGAUUGUGAAGCGGAAGAUUUAGGCUUAUACAUGCGGCCUAUUAAUGAAUCGUUAUCUACAUACGAUCAGCCUGAGCGCACCACGCAACAAGAAAACAAACGGAGCGGACGCAUGGAUGACGUAAAGCCCAGUUUUCGUUCUAAAUCUAUGCGAGUAAAAAGCGAAGGAAGAGCGCCUCUACGUAGCUAUCUCGACUCUGUGCAAAAUGAUGGUGAAGUGUUUAGUACGGUUACUGUUACUCAACCAAAAAGAAACCUUUCUCCAAGCGAGCAACUAACAUUAAUGCAGUACGAUAUGUAUAAUAGAAGCCAUAAUCCACCUAUAACUCCAAUAACUAACGGAUACCACUCGGUUGAUCUGGGAAAAGAAAGUGACCAUCGGACUACAAACGGUGCUUUAAAACAAAUCAAACGUGAUAGGUAUGGGAAGUUAUAUAAUACAGUGAGGGUGAAAAGUGAGGGUAGAUAUGAUAGGUAUAAUGAUAUUCUAUCAUUUGUUCAACCAAAGGAUCAUAUAAGUGAAGAACGUGUGACGAAUACAAACGGUGUGUAUUCAAGAAGUGCUAAAAGCUCAUCUAGUGGCUCCGAUUCAGACUUUUCUAUUCCGCGUCCUAAAUUAAUCGUGCCUGUACAUACUUACGGAACUAGAAAAAGGAAGACAGGGAAUCUUUGUCAGCGUGAUAGUAACGCAACAGAGUCUACGCUUGAUGCUGGAGUAUUGCUUGAUGUGACACGGUUGGAAGACUCUAAUAAUGCGACUGCAGAAGUUAAAGACCCAGAGGGCAGAGUGGAAGUAUCGCGGGAAAACAAAUACCUCAGCACCAUGGCCCCGGGGAAGGUGUUUGGAGAGCUUGCCAUACUCUACAACUGCAAAAGAACCGCCACCAUCAAAGCCGCGACCGACUGUCGACUUUGGGCCAUCGAAAGACAAUGCUUCCAGACGAUUAUGAUGCGGACUGGCCUCAUACGUCAAGCCGAAUACACUGACUUCCUUAAGAGUGUUCCAAUCUUCAAAGACUUACCUGAAGACACGUUAAUUAAGAUCUCAGAUGUGCUAGAGGAGACACAUUACCAAAAUGGCGAUUAUAUCAUUAGACAAGGAGCGAGAGGUGACACAUUCUUCAUAAUCUCUAAAGGACAGGUCAAAGUCACACAAAAACCACCGAACAGUAACGAUGAGAAAUUCAUAAGAACGCUUACAAAGGGUGAUUUCUUCGGGGAAAAGGCAUUGCAAGGGGAUGACCUUCGAACGGCAAACAUAAUUUGCGAUUCGCCUGAAGGCACCACGUGUCUUGUCAUCGACCGCGAGACCUUCAACCAGCUGAUCUCGACUUUAGACGAGAUUCGUACCAAAUACAAAGACGAAGGCGACAGCCGACAUAGGCUAAAUGAAGAAUUUGCCAACUUACGUCUCUCAGAUCUCCGCAUCAUCGCCACCCUCGGUAUUGGCGGCUUCGGUCGAGUAGAACUAGUCCAAAUACAGGGCGACUCCAGUCGUUCAUUUGCGUUGAAACAGAUGAAGAAGGCGCAGAUCGUGGAGACUAGGCAGCAGCAACACAUAAUGUCCGAGAAGGAGAUCAUGUCAGAAAUGAACUGCGAAUUUAUUGUAAAACUGUACAAGACGUUCAAAGAUCGGAAAUAUUUGUACAUGCUCAUGGAGACUUGCCUGGGCGGAGAACUAUGGACGAUUUUGAGAGAUAGAGGACAAUUCGACGACGCCACGACAAGGUUCUAUACCGCAUGUGUAGUUGAAGCUUUCCACUAUUUACACUCAAGGAAUAUUAUUUAUAGGGAUCUCAAGCCAGAGAACUUGCUAUUGGACUCAAAAGGUUACGUGAAGCUAGUGGACUUUGGAUUCUCUAAGAAGUUACAAGCUAGUCGCAAAACAUGGACGUUCUGCGGUACGCCCGAGUAUGUGGCGCCGGAAGUCAUCAUGAACAGGGGACACGAUAUUAGCGCGGACUAUUGGUCCUUGGGUGUUUUGAUGUUUGAACUUCUCACCGGUUCUCCACCAUUUACGGGCGCUGAUCCAAUGAAGACGUACAACAAGAUCCUGAAAGGAAUUGAUGCGGUAGAGUUCCCGCGAUGCAUCACACGUAACGCGGCGAACCUGAUCAAGAAACUCUGCAGAGACAACCCAGCUGAGCGACUUGGUUACCAGCGAGGAGGCAUAACUGAGAUUCAGAAGCACAAGUGGUUCGACGGCUUCAACUGGGAAGGCCUGGCGCAGCGUACCCUGGAGCCGCCCAUCACGCCCGUGGUGAAGUCCCCGCUGGACACGCACAACUUCGACCAGUACCCGCCCGACGCCGACGAGCCGCCGCCGGACGACCUUUCUGGAUGGGACGCCACCUUCUAA